CCAACCCAAUCCAAGAGAAGACAUUGAUAGUGUUAGGGCAACGCAACAGUAACCGAGAAAGAAGAAAAAAAUGGCGAGCGAGAAAAAGAAGGUAAAGCGAAAAGGAAGUGAUGAAAACGACGACGAUAGAACCAAAAAGAAAAACAAAACGACGGAACCAAAUGUAGAGCCACUUCGUUUCUUCGUGGAUCAGUUUCAAGCUUCCAACGGUUUCCACCUCUCUUCCAUCGAACUCGAAUCCCUGAAAGAUACAACCAUUUUGAAGCUAUCGAAUUCCCAAACCACAGAUACUGAUUUAGAUGUGAAAUUCAUGGCGGGUGAUGUUAAAGCUUCGUUUGGUGAUUCAUGGAGAAAGGUUCUCUGUGAAAGUGAAGUUGUGGAAGGAAAAAUCUCUGCUGGUAGUCCUUCUGUUCUUGUUGUCUCUUACUCUGCUUUGAGAUCUAUUCACCUUUUGAAAGGGUUUCGCUCCGUUACGAAACAAUGUAGUUCUGUUAAGCUGUUUUCUAAGCAUAUCAAACUUCAAGAACAGAUUUCUUUGUUGAAAAACCGUGUUAACAUUGCUAGCGGCACGCCAAGCAGGAUUAAGAAGCUCAUUGAUAUUGAGGCAUUGGGCCUUUCAAGGUUAAAAGUACUUGUGCUUGAUAUUCAUCCUGAUGUAAAGGGUUUUUCCUUGUUUACCCUUCCACAAGUCAGAGAUGAGUUUUGGGACUUGUUCAAGAAUUACUUUUAUCAACCGAUGAUUCAGGGUGAUCUGCGCAUUUGUCUCUACGGUCCAUGCAAGCCGGCUGCUGGUUUAAAAGGCAAAAAAGGAGUUCCCGUUCCUGAUGAAUAAUGUAUGGCGUCGAUUAUUAAUCAUAUUUGUCUUGUUUUAGGGUUGUAUACUUACAUUAUCUUUAAAUAUCGUCUGCUUAAGCGAGGAGCUUUCAGAGUUGUAAGUUCAUGUUGCAUGUGAAACAAAACAGAGUAAAUGACAAAGCGGGUGGACAGAGGUGUUGUUAACACUUAACUAGACUUCUCUAUGAGAUUUUCAAUAGAGUCCUAGUUAUAUUACCACACCAAAAGACAAGUACACUUACCAAUUCUUACAAACUUUCCUCCAAUUUAGUAUUCUUUUAUAAGGAUGCCAUUUUUUUGCACAAGAGAGUUAGGUUAUGUAUCGAGCGCCACUUUAAUCUGUUGUUCGAUUGAACAGUUCGACUUUAAUAUUGUAUAUUUUUCUUUUCAAUUUUUCAAUUGCUCGCACACUUUA